GCAGUUGGAGCGCGAGUCGGUGGAGGGGCGGAGGAGAAGCCGCGGUGCGGGUGCGCUUGCGCGACCAGGGAGCCGGGGCGAGGUGGAGAAGGCGCGCCUCGGAAGAAGCAUGCGCCGGAGUCCAGAUGGGAAGCCUUGCUGGGCCCGGGCUUGGCUCGUUUGUGACCUUGUACCUUGUGCUCUGGCUGGUUUCGGAGUGUGACCCCGGCCUCCGUACUCCAAGAGAACGCAUGUUAGCAAAAAAGAAGAAUAAGAAGGGGAAGACCAUCUCCCUAACAGACUUUCUAGCUGAGGAUGGGGGCACCGGUGGAGGAAGCACCUAUGUCCCCAAACCAGUCAGCUGGGCUGAUGAAACAGCUGCUCGGGAACCCAAUAUCGACCGGAGCCGUCUUCCCAAAUCGCCACCCUACACUGCUUUCCUAGGGAACCUGCCCUAUGAUGUGACAGAGGACUCCAUUAAGGAAUUCUUUAGAGGACUAAAUAUCAGCGCUGUACGCUUACCACGUGAACCCAGCAAUCCAGACAGGUUGAAAGGCUUUGGCUAUGCGGAGUUUGAGGACCUGGAUUCUCUGCUCAACCGGGAUGAUCGUUCUUUUGGUCGAGAUAGAAAUCGGGAUUCUGACAAAACAGACACAGACUGGAGGGCCCGUCCCGCCACCGACAGCUUUGAUGACUACCCGCCUAGAAGAGGUGACGAUAGCUUUGGAGACAAGUAUCGAGAUCGUUACGAUUCAGACCGGUACCGGGACGGGUACCGGGAUGGGUACCGGGACGGCCCACGCCGAGAUAUGGACCGCUAUGGGGGCCGGGAUCGAUAUGAUGACCGAGGCAGCAGAGACUAUGACCGAGGCUAUGACUCCAGGAUAGGCAGUGGCAGGAGAGCAUUUGGUAGUGGGUACCGUAGGGAUGAUGACUACAGAGGAGGUGGGGACCGCUAUGAAGACCGGUAUGACAGAAGGGACGAUCGAUCAUGGAGCUCCAGGGAUGACUACUCUCGGGACGACUAUAGGCGUGAUGACAGAGGUCCCCCUCAAAGACCCAAACUGAACCUAAAGCCUCGGAGUACUCCUAAGGAAGAUGAUUCCUCUGCUAGCACCUCCCAGUCCAGUCGAGCGGCUUCCAUCUUUGGAGGGGCGAAACCUGUGGACACGGCUGCCAGAGAGCGGGAAGUUGAGGAACGGCUACAGAAGGAGCAGGAGAAGUUGCAGCGGCAGCUGGAUGAGCCGAAACUAGACCGCCGGCCACGGGAGAGACACCCAAGUUGGCGAAGUGAAGAAACUCAGGAAAGAGAACGGUCGAGGACAGGAAGUGAGUCAUCACAGACUGGAGCCUCAGCCGCAUCUGGCAGAAAUACACGCAGGAGAGAGAGUGAGAAGUCUCUAGAAAAUGAAACCCUCAAUAAAGAAGAAGACUGUCACUCUCCAACCUCCAAACCUCCUAAACCUGAUCAGCCUGUGAAGGUAAUGCCAGCCCCUCCACCAAAGGAGAAUGCGUGGGUGAAGCGGAGCUCUAACCCUCCUGCUCGAUCUCAGAGCUCAGACACAGAGCAGCAGUCCCCUACAAGUGGAGGGAAGGUGGCCCCCACUCAGCCCUCUGAGGACGGACCAUCAAGGAAAGAUGAAAAUAAAGUAGAUGGGAUGAGUGUCCCAAAAGGCCAAACUGGGACCUCCAGUCGUGGUCCUGGAGAAGGAGGGAGCAGAGACCCCUGGAAGGAGUUGGACAGGAAAGAUGGCAAAAAAGAUCAAGACUCGAGAUCUGCACCUGAGCCAAAGAAAUCCGAGGAGAAUCCAGCCUCUAAGUUCAGUUCUGCAAGCAAGUAUGCUGCUCUCUCCGUGGAUGGUGAAGAUGAGAAUGAGGGAGACGACCACACUGAGUAGACCUCCACGUGCUGUGCUUUCUUCUAGUCUCCACCCCGGAACAUUCAAGAGCAAAUCAAACCUCUAUCCAGACAAGAAAAAAUAAAACUCACCAUCUCCUGAA